AGUUAAGAGUUGUGUUGAACACUGCAUUCAGCGAGAUCACUUGUCAAUCGACGCUACGUUCAUGAGCCGACCCGACUUUUUCAACUUGUCAACAAGCGGUUAGUGACUAACGCGUCUGUUACGAGUUUGGAUACUGUGCUAACUUCUCACUCAAAAUGCCUCGUGCAUUCCUCAUCAAGAAAAGGGAACGAGCGGGGGAUAUAUAUGUCGCUGCUACCCCGGAGCUGGUGUACCCUACCCCCAUCCUGGCUGCUCCUACUCCAGUCCUGGCCUCCCCCACCCCAGUGCUCGCCUCCCCAACCCCCGGGAUGGUGUGUGUGACAGAGGAGACGGGUAUGGACCUGACUAAAAAGACGCCUCGCAAUGACAGACCCCCACGUCAGGUGUCGCCUUGCGAGAAGGUCGUCAUUCAAGACAGAGCUUUUCACAGAGAAAAAGAAAUGGAAGAGAUUGCAUUGCGUCUGAAGCGCCCAGAUAUCUACCUCAGCCCACGAGGGAAGAUCAGUCCCAUUCAUCCCCGACCUCUCCCACCGUUGAUCUUCGACAAGCCCCUGCGUGGGUCAAGCCUCUCCCCAGGGUUCGGAGACAGUGACCGCAGCGUCAGCAGUACCUCACCCAUCGGUACCCCAAGCAGUUCACCCCCGGAGCCCCCUCGACUUCCAGAAGCAUUCCCAUGGCACAGUCCGGUGUUCGGGGGUCUGCACCACCACCCGUCAUUACUGCCAUUCAACUUGCGGUUUAUGAAUGGCCUUCCUGCGCCCCCCGUUGUCCGACCGCUGGCAGAGUCCCCUUUCCCCUAUCGGCACUACCCGGACGUCCCGUCAGCGUUCAAAGGCACCCACCACCUGCUUCCCCCUCCGCCGUACCUCCACGGACUACGCUACCCCCUCAAUUUUUCCCCACCUGCCGCCGACACGGGAAAAUUGGUUUUUGACGACCGGGUGAUGGAGAGUAUGGAUUUGGGUGCCCGGCUUUCUAAAGCUCCUUUUGACAAUGUGCUGAAUUAUCCUGUGUUAAAAGCCCAAAGUGUGCCCUCAGACAUUGACUUAUCCCUGUCGGACAAGAAGAAAAGCAAGGAGAACGAGCCUGUGAGAUAUCAAUGUGAUGCGUGUAAGAAAAGCUACUCCACUUUUAGCGGACUUUCCAAACACAAACAAUUCCACUGUGCCUCGCAGAUUAAGAAAGAAUUUAACUGUAAAUACUGUGACAAAACGUAUGUGUCGCUUGGUGCCCUGAAGAUGCACAUCCGGACCCACACCCUCCCCUGCAAGUGUAAGCUGUGCGGCAAGGCCUUCUCCCGGCCCUGGCUGCUCCAGGGUCACAUCAGGACCCACACGGGGGAGAAGCCUUUCUCCUGCCCCCACUGUGGCCGGGCGUUCGCGGACCGAUCCAACCUCAGAGCACAUCUCCAGACCCACUCCGAUGUCAAGAAAUACAGCUGCAGAUCCUGCUCCAAGACAUUCUCACGCAUGUCUCUGCUGCUGAAACACGAAGACGGCUGUUGUGGGCCUAUGGUUCAAUAACUUCAUCAUUUUGUGCUAUGACGUCAUCAUUGUGUGCUAUGACGUCAUCAUUUUGUGCAGUGACGUCAUGGAUUCAUGCGUUCAGUGACACUUGUUACAUUGACACUAAAAUGAGAAAUUGACUCUUUUGUUCUGUUAGUGCUGUGCGUGUUCAACAUGCAACUAUAUUGUUGUAGAUGACAAAUGUUUAUUUAUUUGGUCAGUAUAAUGUUUAUUUAUCAACUGACUGCGUCGCGUUCUUGUCAACUAAAGUAUUACCUUUAUUGCAUUUACUAUAUUAUUUAUUCCUGUAGUCUCGUCAGACCAAGUCUGUCUCGAAACUGAUCUCAGGUUAUGAACGUUUACCAGUCACCAUUUCGUAUUUAUUCGUUAUUGUUCGAGAUAUGAGCCCUGAUAGAGUAUUCGACUAUCAGUAUAAGAUAUCAUAGUAUUCACCAUAACUCGCUCAGAUUAUCUGCACAUUGAUAACAGCAUUAGAUACAAUACUCUAUUUUAUUUUUACCAAAAGAUUUACAUUUUAUCAGACAAUGUUUUUACAUCAAUAUUCAUAUUUACAAUGUCGUAACCAUGGCAAUAAUUGUACUAAAUGCAGCAUUUUAGUAUUUUCAAUUUGUACCCCAUAUGCUUCACAUAUUAUCAGAGGGGCCAAAUAUCAUGCCACGUGGGGCGUUAUGGUCAGUGGACACAGGUGCAUGCGUGGUCAGCCGUGACGACUUUGACCACCUACAUUCCGACACUGUCCGCGGCUGGUUAUUUAUAGUGAAGAUUUUAUUGCUUGUGAGCGAAACUGUCAUGUGCCAAAGAUGUGUGAAUUCACAUGUUUCAUGAUGUUGGUAUGGUAACAACUUACUCAACAAGUAUUAUUAAAAUAUAUGAUA